CUAAACCAGUGGAUUUAGUGUGUUGUUUUUUCAAGGCGUGGUUGUAUUGGGUUGUUUGUUCUCGCCCAAGAUGUGAACUUGGACAUGAUGACGCCUCAUCAGGAUCCUGGAGGCAGUCUGCAACUAACGUUACCUAUCUGAAGACUGAUGGAAGCUGACAUCUGCGUCGAAAACCAACCACAUUCAUGUCCGAGGGAUUUUGUUAAACCAAUGAGUUUAGUCAUGGAUGAUCAUGGAUCCCAGCCACAUGCACGGAGCUCUGGUCUGAGGGUGUCGACUAAGAGCAAAGCACCAUCCCCGCCAGGACUAAAGAAGCUGGAAUCCCCAGGUUUCUCUCAGUGGUACCCAGGAAGUCCUCAUUUAACCAUGGACCAGAAGGAGAACCUUAUUGAUAAAGACCUCUCUCUGGUUGUGGUUCUGCCUGGCGGAGAAGAGAAGUUGACCACAGUCCAUGGAAGCAAACCCCUUAUGGACCUAUUAGUGACGCUUUGUGCAAAGUAUCACCUGAACCCAUCGAGCCACACCUUAGAACUGGUCACCACGAACAGGAAGAACACCAAACUCAAGCCCAAUGCUCUCAUAGGAACUUUGGAUGCAGAGAAGAUCAUACUUAAACCUAAAGGGGAGGAUAAAAAUAAGAAGACAGCUCCCCAGAUGCCUGAGGCAACCGUUCGGAUGGUGAUAAACUACAAAAAGACGCAGAAAACUAUACUACGAGUUAAUCCUCGAGUUCCCCUGGCUGAACACUUACCAGCCAUCUGUGAGAAAUGUGAAUUUGAGGUGGAGACUACAGUUUUGUUGAAAGAUGUCCAAUCACUGGCCCCUUUGGACUUGUCAAGCUCUCUUAAUGAUUAUGCAAUAAGGGAGGUGUAUGCAAGAGACACUAAAGGACAACGUGCUUCUCCAGUGUGUCCAGCAUCACCAUCUAAUGCAGGAACAGUCAUGCCCGGAAAAGAUAAAAAUCAAAAAGAGGAAGAAAACAAAGGCCUCUUCAGCAAGUUUAGAAAAAGCAAGAAAAAAUCUGAACAGGCAAUGACAGCCAGUGCUCCAGCUUCUCCUGUGCUUGUGAGCAAGCCUCGACCUCUCAGCAUGGCCUUACCUAGCUCAAAUUCGUCUCCACUCGGCUCCCCUACAACCACUGAUGUGCCAAAGAAAAGACGCGCACCUCAACCCCCAAUCCUUGUGUCUCAGAGCUGCCCCUCGGAUCUCAGCACUCGUCAGAGACUCAACUCUGAACCCAACACCCAACUGGAUGGUGACCAGAUGUCUGGUUUUAGUCGUGGGUCCUCAGCAGAGUCUUCACUGAAGAGAACCAAACGUAAAGCUCCUCCACCACCCACAUCCCCUAGUGCUGCUGUCCAAGAAACAGUUCCUCCUGAUGAAAAGUUGCAAGGGGGUGCAGCUGCUAACACACUGGAGGAGAUUGUGGAGCAAGAGGAGAUCACUGCCUCUGCAAUGUCUGCAACUGCUAAUGAUACCCAGGGAGAGGACAGCAGCCUCAAUAUGUCUGCUGAUGUUUCACUGCAUACCCCGUCCCCUGAUCCUGACAUAGUGAGCACAAUGUCCGUUGAGGAGGGCAGUGGGGAAGAUCAGUCUUAUGAUCUGUCCUCAGAUGGCAAUCAACUGCAGAGCACAGGGAACAAUUCAGCAGCUCCGAGUGAAGUCAGGACAACUGAUGGAACAGGCUUAUCUGAACUGGCAGAUACUAAUGGUGGUCCGUGUCAACUUGAAAAUGUAAGCCAGCAGGUAAUGUGUGAAGGGUCUACACCUGAAAGCGUAGAAGGUGAUUGCAGUACUGUACCCAGCAGCCUCCCUCCGCCUGUGAUGCAGGAUGCAGAAGCACAGGCCUCCGCUCAGGCAAACACUGAAACCCUCUGGGAACAGACUGAUAGGUUGGAGAGCCCGGUGACUACCAGCCCAUCACGCCCCACUGGAGAGGAUGCUCAAGUGCAAACAGAUGUCACACAACUACCUGUGCCUCCAGAACAACACAUAGACAAAAUUCCUUCCUCGGUUAAUGCGCCUGUCGUUGAAUCAGCGGGGAAGAAAGAUAUGGCCACUUUGACUGAGGAACUGGACCCGCCUGACCUCAAGAAUGCCUUAUCUGACACCUCAGAGACCUCAACAUGCCAAGACUCAACACCGAGUGCCCCUGCCACAACAAAGGCACCAUCUAUUUAUGCCACAAAUUCUGAGCCAAAGCCCAAGCCUUCCAACGAGCUGACAAGGGACUACAUUCCCAAGGUGGGGAUGACAACGUAUACCAUCGUGCCUCAGAAGUCCCUGGAGAAACUUAGAUAUUUUGAAGUUGCACUGACACUGGAGACGCCUCUUGCAGCUCCAGAAGAGGGACUUAAUAUUGGUUCUCUUCAGCUGGAGGAAACUACAGCACCAGGAGAACAGACAGAAGUCUCAAAGGAAAAAAGUGAGCUGCACUCUACUAUACCCAGGGAAGACUUACUGACUAGCACUACUACUACUACCCAAGACACUGUUAAUGGAAGUAUACCUGAAUCCACUCAUUCCUCAUCACCAACAAGUUUACCUAAAGCGGAUGACAAGAUGUCAUCCUCGGCUGAUGGGGUAUCUCAAGCAAGUUCACCAGUAGAGGUCAAGGAGAUGAAAAUUCCACCCGCAACUAAACCUAAGCCUGGUUCUUUCCGCUUGGCACAGCACAAAAAAACACCUGGGUAUUAUGUAACUUCAGCAGCGGAAAAGCGACUCAGUGCCACUCCUGGCUCUGGCCAGAGGGAGGCUCAAGCAAGUGCAGAGAAAACACAAUUACCACUCCCUCCUCCUCCUCCACCUCCUGUGCAGUAUCAAGAGGAGACGACAGGGGCCGCAAACGUUGAGCUGAGCCCAAAAGGAGAUAACAAGAAUGUAGCCAUGAUGCGAAUCACAAGGCAAAGUAGUUUGCCGUGUAAAGAGCCAAGCUUAGGGUUAAGUUUGGAAAAAUUAAGGAGCUUUGCAGCCCCUAGGCCAUAUUCUCCUGCAACACCAUCCCGCUUUGCCCAGGCAGUGUCCUCUGCUGUGAAAAGAAGCCAGUCCUUAUCCUACAAGUCGCCUCAUUCGCCUGUUUCGCCAUCACUGUCCCCAAUUCCAAGUCACUCACCAGUCAGUGAGUCAGAAGGAUUAUCUAAGCUCGAGGAUGGUGAAAAUAGAGGGUUGGAUAGCGACAAAGGCUCCACUCUGCAGGGAGUAGACGGUGAACCACAGUCUUUUAGUGGGAAUGUUCAAGUGGAAGGAGAGAGCAGUCCAUAGCAGUGCUAUAAUUCUUUUGACAAUAUAUCAUCUACUGAGGAGAUUAUCCGGUCUACUAUGAGUUCUCUAGUAUCCCACGACACAGAAGCAGAAACUGUCUUUUGUUUUACCUCUUUUGGUAGUCUCCAACAGUGUACAUAAAAUGAUGUAUUUUGAUAAUUAAUAAUUGCUGUAUUUUGUCUUUAUUUUCUCAUACGUCAUUAAGUAAUCUCCCUAGCUGACCAGCAUAUUUUAAUGCUUCUCUUUUAUUUUGUGUGACGACUAUCUUGCAUUUAAUGCAUUACUGUUGUGAGUGAACAUUAAAUGAGAACAAUUCUAUAAAUUAUUAGACUGAUUACCACAGUUACUGGGUUUAUAAAUAAUACUGGAUGUGUAGGACAGACCAGGUCUUGCCCUAUGGUACUUAAAUGCUCCUUAGAUUAUACAUUACAUUUAUAUUUAAGUAUUACAGAGUUUUGAUGAAGAUAUAUGCAAAAAAAAUAAUAAAAUA